AUGCCGUCUGUGGGCUGGAUAACACCACAUGUCUCGUUGACGCUCUGCGAGGCGCCAAAGGAAAAUUCGUUGUUGAAACGGGGGCGGGCGGUCAGACCAGCAUUGAGCUCCACUACUCCAGACAACAUUUCGAUGGCAAGCUGGAAGGCUGCCAGGGCUGAGCCGUGGUUUUGCUCAUAUCGAGGAGAUCCCGCCCAUUUAGCCAAAGCCACAGAUUUUUGGCGCCGCGCACUAAGCGACGACAAAAGUCAUGUCGCCUGGGGUGUCGAUACUAAAGAUCCGUCUCUGUCCUUGUUCCAGCCCGCCAAGUUUGUCAAGCGUGCCAUGACUCUAGGCGGCGACUCGGCCGGCUGGGCGUACCCGCUUGGCGCCACGAGCUUCGGGGCCCACUUAUUUGCUCUGCAGCUACUUUUGGCACUGCGAAAGGGCAAUAGCACAAAUACCCUGCUUAUCCCCGCAACCUGCCGCAACCCACGGUUCGGCGAGCAGGAUAUGUAUGGUUCCUUUGCGAACACGCUACCCGUACCACUGGAGCUCCGUCAUGACCAAGACAUACGCGAAAACUUGGCACGCUUUAACCGCACCCUGGGUGGCGUUCUCAGCUAUGCCCAUAUUCCUAGUCAGAUGAUUAUGGACAUGUCUGGUCGUAAAUUUGAGCAAUUCGACAUGAUGUUCGUAUACCACGAGUCAUGUGCUCCGUCCGAAAGUAGUAUACGGACGGAGCCAAAACGGCGCCCUAAGCUUGAGAGGGCUAUGGAGAUGUUACCUGCGUCGCCGCCCACGACGGCGAAGUUUCCUGUGACACUCAACCUAAACAAGGUGUUUAACUCGGAGGAAUGCACGACAUUGAUGCAGAUAUAUGUCGAAUACAACCCAGGUCUGGUAGAUGAGGCAAGCGCCGCUUUGUUCUGUCGGCAGUUCGAGCGGCUGCUUGGGCUUCUGAACGGCAGGAACACGGCGGCCCUCUCAAUCAGCAGUCUGUCAGCGGUGCUUGACGAUGCGUCCUCGCCAGCAGUGCCCCCUCAUUUCCAUGGUCGGGUAGAUGAAACGUUUGCAAGGGAAAAUUUCAUCGAUGUGCAGAUUCUCGAGCAGGCAGAGAGCACACCGGAAGCUCUGGCGGCGGUUUUCGAGAAUGAUGUGGCCAGGGCGACAUACCGGGAACUCGCAGACAUGGUUUACAACGUAUGCCACAUUAUAUCCUCUGCUAAGGGAGGCAUUGCACAUUGCACGUCCCUGCGUGGCAAACGGAUUGCAGUCGUGGGCGAUGUUUCAAUUGAGCGGCUAGCCGUCCUGAUUGCCGUUAUGAGUUUGGGAGCGGCUUACAUCCCUAUCGACCUAGCAAACCCUCUCGACUGGAACAAGACAAUUGUAAAAGAUUGCGAUCCAUGCUGCAUGUUAUUCAUGCCGGAGGAAGCAGGGUCCGAGCGGGAAGAUUCCAGCGCCAACCUCUGGUCUUACAUGGGAGAGUCUGUCCCCAUAUGUACCCGCGUCCGCAUCCCAGCUGGGCUCCACGCUUAUGGGCCUUUCGAGAAUAGAAACAUGUUUCCGGUCCAGGAUCGUUCUGACAACGACGUAGCAUACGUUCUUUAUACCUCAGGCUCAACAGGCGUCCCCAAAGGCGUGCCAAUCAAGCAUGGUGGACUUAAGAAUUCGGUGGCUGAACACCGGCGCUGUUGCAUGUUUUCAACAGCAACCCGGCUUCUAGGAGUCGCCCCUUGGACCUUUGACGUCUCGGUGGUGGAUAUGUUCGGCCCGUUAAGCAUCGGGGCGCAGCUUGUUCUGGGUCGUCGCGAUUAUAUUCUUUCGGACCUCACUGGCGUGGUACGAUACCAUUCCAUUUCCCAUAUUAGCACGACGCCGACCGUUGCAUCUCUGCUCGACCCGAACGAGGUGCCCACUAUUAAAUCACUCGCAUUAGGAGGCGAACCCAUGACAAAAGCAACUCGUGACACGUGGGCGCCUCGAAUUAUGCUGUUGAACGUCUACGGCCCGACCGAGGCAACGGUUGACGUUAUCACGCGACGCUGCUAUCCCGAUACACCCGUUUCCAAUAUCGGUCGCCCUCUGGCCAAUGUACAAGCUUAA